AUGAAGUUAAGGUUCCCGUUUUUCUCUUUGCAGGAACAGUGCAGUGAAUUUUUGGAGAAACAAUUGAAUGCUUCGAAUUGCUUGAAAAUUCGAGCUUUUGCCGACACUUAUGCGUGUGAAGAGCUUCUACGCUGUGCUUCCGAGUUCAUCCUGCACAACUUCAAGGACGUUAUUGGCACUGACGAGUUUUAUCGGCUCCCUGGUAACCAAUUAAUUGAACUGAUUUCAAGUGAAGAACUCCAGGUGCCGUCAGAAGAACAGGUUUUCAAAGCGGUUGUUGAGUGGGUCAGGUUCGACUUACCGGCUCGACGACUACUAUUCCCAGAAGUGAUGGCUGUAUUCUUCGCGAACGACCAGCGUUACACUAUUACACUCUAG